GGCAUUUUCAAGACAGUGCCAUCAACAGAUUUAUUAGGAGGACGACGCCGUUAGCGGUUCUUCGCCGCCCAGAGUCCGGCCGUCCGGCGCGGCGGUUCCAAGCUCCACGACCACAACACGGCAGAGCGUCGCCCUGGAGGACGGUCGACGAGGCGACGACGAGGACCCCGGCUUGAGGACUGACGACGGCGAGGAGACGCCGGUCGACGCCAUGGUGAUGGCGACGCCACCUCGCCUGUGCUGGCUCGUGCUGGCCGUGCUGCUGGCGUCCGCGGCCACGGCGGGAACAGAGGCGCUGCAGGAGGCCCAGAAGAGCGCCCCCCACAAGGCGCUGCCGUUCCGGCUGCCGGGCGACGUCAUGCCCCGCAACUACACCCUCAGGGUGGUGACGCACUUCCAGGACGACAGCUUCCGCUUCUACGGCCAGAUGGUGGUCGACGUGGACGUGCUCCGGGACACGACCGAGCUGCGCCUGCACGCCAAGCAGCUCAACGUGGACCACAAGUCCGUCACGGUGGUGAAGCUGAAGAAGAAGAGGCCCGUCGUGGAGAAGCCGCCGGCCGCGCUGCCGGACGACGACGAGGACUCGAACGACAUCCCGGACCCCGAGGCGCAGACGCAGAAGCCUCAGAAGGUGCCGCCGAAGGAGCCCCAGAAGGAGCCGGCGCAGGACAAGCCGUUGGACAAGCCGCAGGAGGAGCCGCAGGACAAGCCGCAGGAGGAGCCCCAGAAGGAGCCUCAGAAGGAGCCGGUCACGGACCAGCCGCCAGAAGAGCCGCAGGUCCAGGCCCAGGACAAGCCCGAGAAGGAACCACAGGAGCAGCCGCAGGACAAGCCUCAGCAGGAGGAGCAGGUGGCAGUCAGCCAGGACCAGGACAAGGAACAGCAGCAGCCUGAGCCGCUGCAGGACGAGAAGAAGGACACGCUUCAGCAGGAAGAAGAGGUGGCAGUCAGCCAGGAACAGGACGAAGAACAGCAGCAGCCUGAGCCAAUCAAGGACGAGAAGGACACGCCUCAGCAGGAGGAGGACAUCGAACACAAGCAGGACCAGAAACGCGAGCAGGAGCAGUUGCAGCAGGACCAGAGGGCGGAAGAACUGAAAGAAAAGCUGAAUCAGGAUCAGAAAGUGGCGGAGGGUCAGGCGGGGCCGCAGCAGGAGGGCGCGGCGGAGCAGCAGGCCGAGCAGGCCGAGCAGGCGGAGGGCAGGGCGGGCCACCACCAGCACGGCGCGGCAGACGCUAACUACAAAGGUAUUUGCAGGAAAGCGUCCAAAAGGAUCCAGUGCCGCUGGCAGUAUUUGAACCUCCGCCCUGCUUCCUCAGGGCUGCGCCUGACCAACGUGUCGAUGGAGUCCGCGCUGGACCAGCUCGUCGUCAAGCUGAGCAGGCCGCUGAAGGCCGGGUCGCGCUACCGGCUCACCGUCCGCUACUGGGGCACCCUCAACACCGAGGACCGGGGCUACUACCGCGGCAGCUACCAGCACAAGAAUCAGACGCGCUACGUGUCCUCCACCGUGUUCGAGCCGGCCGAGGCCAGGCGGGCCUUCCCCUGCUUCGACGAGCCGCACAUGAAGGCCAACUUCUCGCUCGUGCUGGGCCGCCACGCCAACUAUAGCAGCAGCUCCAACAUGCCGCUGGACCGCACCGAGCCCAUGGCGGAGACUCCGGGCUGGUUCUGGGACUACUACCCUCCGACGCCCAAAAUGUCGACCUACUUGGUGGCGUUCAUGGUGCACGACCUGGAGGCCAGCAAGGCCAACAAUGCUUCCGACGCGGCGGCGGUGCGCGCCUGGACCACGCCGGGGCGCGCGCAGAUGGCCAACUUCUCCCUGUACGUGGCGCCGCAGGUGCUGGCCAUGCUGGCGGCCAAGCUGGGCGCGUCCCCCGUGCUGCCCAAGCACGACCUGGUGGCCGUGCCGGGCUUCCGCUCCGAGGCCCUCGAGAACUGGGGGCUCGUGUCCUUCGAGGAGCGCCACCUGCUGCUGCCCGCCAGCGCGAGCCAGCUGAGCAAGCAGUCCGUGGGCACGGUGGUGGCGCACGAGCUGGCGCACAUUUGGUUCGGCAACCUGCUCACCCCCGCCUGGUGGUCCGACAUUUGGCUCAGCGAGGGCUUCGCGACGUACUACUCCGCGGAGGCCAUGGAGAAGAUCUUCCCCGCGUGGCGGUUCCACGAGACGGCGGCCGGCAACGCGUACCUGCUCGUCACGUCCACCGACGCGUCGCCCAACGCGCUGCCCAUCCUCCACCCCGCGGACAACCCGCACAAGCUGGACGCCGUCUUCGGCGCCACGUCCUACUACAAGGGCUACUGGCUGCUGCGCAUGCUGCACAGCGCGCUGGGCCCCGACAUGUUCGACGCGGGCGUGCGCAGCUACGUGCGGCGCAACGUGCACGCCAGCGUCAGCACCCACGACCUGUGGGAGGCGAUGCAGGGCUCCGUCGACGAGCGCGCCGUGGAGGACCAGCAGGCCUCGGCCUCGCAGGUGCCGGGCAGCGAGGCCGUGGUGGUGGGCGACGGCAGCGACGAGGAGGACGACGACGUCCGCGUGGUGGUGCCCGACCUCGUGCCCGACAGCGCCACCGAGGCUGCCACGUCAUCCGCACCGUCGCGGAGCCGCAGGGACGCCGACCAGCCCUCACUCGGGUCCCUCGUGCUGGAGAUCGUCGAUCCGACCUACAAGGACAGCCCCGAGGCGGCACCGCACCACGACCAGGACGCCGCCCACAACGAGAAGUCCCAGGCAGCCAACAAGGACGAGAAGGCGUCGGGCGUUGACGGGGACGUGCAGUCACCCCCGCGCCGCAGCCCCGCGCCGUCCGCCGUGUCGGGCAAGGUCGGCUGGCUGCCGCGGCCCCUGGAGGAGGUCAUGAAGAACUGGGUGCAAAAGCCGGGCUACCCCAUCGUCAACGUGUUCCGCAACCUGGAGACGGGAGUCGUGACGCUCAGCCAGAACCGCUUCCUGAGCGGCGACGCGUCCAAGGCCUGCGACGCGGCGUCGGCCACGUGGUGGAUCCCGGUGCGCUACGCCACCUCCAAGACGGCCGUGUCCAGCAGCGUGUUCUGGAUGCCGCCCACGUGCGCCAACGUCACCCUGCCCGUCAAGGUGGCGCGGGACGACUGGGUGCUGCUGAACGCGGGGCUGACGGGGCUGUACCGCGUGCGCUACGACGCGCGCACGCUGCAGCAGCUGUCCAGGCUGCCGCGCUCCGCCUGGCUGCAGGUGGCACCGCUCACGCGCGUGCAGCUUGUGGCCGACGCCCUGGACCUGGCGCGCCAGGGCCGCGCACCCUAUCAGACCGUGCUGCGCAUGGUGAACCACCUCGGCAGGGACCCCAACCCCAUGGUGUGGCGCGCCGCGCUGCCGCACCUCCUCAUGCUGCAGCGACAGUUGCGGGGCCGUCGCGACGGCGUCGCGCUCAGGUCGUGGCUGCAGGACCUCGUGUCGCCGCACACGGCCAUCAUCGGCUUCACGACGCGCGUCCAGGACACGCCGCAGCAGGCCAGCCUCCGCGUCAAGGUCACCACCCUGGCGUGCCACGCGGACCACUCCGCCUGCCAGCGCAAGGCCAAGAAGGCCCUCAAGCUCUUCAUGGCCGGCGACCCGGAAGCCAUCGUGGUGGGGCGGCUGACGCACACCCAGCUGUGCGCGGCCGUGCGCUGGGGCGGCCCUGCCGAGUGGCGGUUCCUCCGCGCGCAGUUGGCCAACCCGUCGUCCGUGCUGCCGAGGAAGGCCGUCGUCACCGCCCUGGGCUGCUCCAGGGACCAGGAGAAGCUCCGCAGCUUCCUCGCGGACACUGUCAACGCCAACUCCACGCUCCGCCGCUCCGACGUCGCCGGGGUGCUGGCCGCCGUGGCCGCCAACGAGAUCGGCGGGGACUUGACGCUGCGCUUCAUGGAGGAGCAGGCGGCCGAGCUGUACAAGAGGCUGGGCGGCAGUCCGCUGAAGGCGGAGAAGGCUGUCCGGGAGGUGGCGUCGUCGCUCAGCUCCAAACGACAGCUCGACAAGCUGGACACCGUGCUCCGCCAGUUCCAGUCGCACACGCCGUCCAGGUCGCCGCCGGUGUGGGGCCGCGACCUGGUGCGCGACAACAUCCGCUGGUCGGAGCGGAGCCGCGUGGAGGUGAGCCGGUGGCUGCGCGCGCGCCUCGACGACGAGCUGGAGCUGCGCGGCUCCAACAAGGACAAGGCCGCCGCCGCCAAGCGCCCCCACAGCCCCGCCACGGCCGCGCCCUCGAGGCCCGCUGCCGUGAAGGCCGGGACCAAGUCAGGGACCAAGGCGCCCAACGCAGGGCCCACCACGGCGCCCGGGAAAGCACCGACCGCUGCAAAGAUUGAAAAGAAUGCGGCAAGCCAAAAGCCAGCCAGCCAAAGGCCAGUCAGCCAGAAACCAGCCAGCCAAAGGCCAGCUAGCCAAAAGCCAGCAGCUGGCCAGAAGGUAUCAAGCCAGAAUGCGGCCAGCCAAAAGCCAGCCAGCCAGAAGCCAGCCAGCCAGAAGCCCGCCAGCGGCCCGAGAGUGAGAAAUAUGGACGGAUUUCAAGGCAACGAAAUUACUACAAGCUCAUGGAUUAUCCAACGAUUUAUUGAACACGGUAUUUCUUAAUUCACAAUUUGAACCAACAAAAGUACAAUCAACAACAGCUAUCAACAAGCAGCUUUCAACAUUGGGAACGUCGAACGAGCCCCUAGAUGCAAGCUAGGUUUUAGUUUUUAAACCCACAGCCUCUCAAUGUGUGCACAUCGGUUACAGCGCCAACUCCACCUUCAAAUGUAACCCAGCCUGUCCUUGUGAAUAAAAGACUGACAAAAGAAUCCUCUGAAAAACAACGGGAUCCAUGAUAAAAUCUUACAAAACUCAUACUGUUACAUAAAAAAAUCAACAUAAUCACAAAAAUAUAAAAUAUGUAUCACGUGUAGUUGGAAUCAAAGUUGGUACAAAUAAAUGCAAUACAGAUAUGUUAAUUUCAACACCGAGGUUUAGG